AUGCCCAUCGGGGGAAAAGAUGGUGAUAGCACGAUCAUAACGUUCCAUGUUGGACCCUGUAACGUUUUUUCCCAUAUAUGUACGGAAUUUGUCAUUUUUUCCCAGAUGCCGUACGCAAAUCAGCCUGUUAUCAACAUAAUGGAGUUAAGCGACGAUCUGGUUCGCUUUUCUUUGGAGGACACAGAUCUUAGCGUCGCCAAUGCACUUCGGCGGGUCUUCAUCGCUGAGGUUCCUACUAUCGCUAUAGAUUGGGUUCAAAUAGAAUCGAACACCAGCGUUUUGCACGACGAAUUUAUCGCUCAUCGGAUGGGACUGAUUCCAUUUGUAUCAGACGCUGUUGUUGACGAUAUGGCUUAUACUAGGGAAUGCAACUGUACAGAGUUUUGCGACGCUUGCUCUGUAUUGUUCGAGUUGAACGUCAAAUGUAAGGAAGAGGCUACACGAUCUGUCACGACGGCCGAUCUAGUAUGCAAAACUGAACGAUAUGUAAAUACUGUUUAUCCCGCUUGUGGCCAGCAGCUGAAGAAUCGCAGCGCAUUUGGUGAUGAAUAUGGACAACACGAAGACAUUCUCAUUGUAAAACUUCGAAAAGGACAAGAAAUUAAUCUGAAAUGCUACGCAAAGAAGGGCUUCGGAAAGGAGCAUGCGAAAUGGAAUCCCACCUGCGGUGUAGGCUUUGAGUACGAUCCAGACAAUGCCCUUCGACAUACCAUUUAUCCUAAUCCAAAAGAAUGGCCACGCAGUGAAUUUUCGCAGCUUAAAGAUCAAGAGGGAGAGGAGAAGCAGUAUGAAGCGCCUUAUGAUGCUCACGGCAAGCCGAACAAAUUUUGGUUCACAAUUGAAGCCACUGGUGCAUUAAAAGCUGACCGUAUUGUUUACUCUGGUGUUGCUGUUUUGAAAAAGAAACUCACGGAUCUUCAGGUAUACUCUUUGCUCUUUGUUCCUUUUUUUAAUGUAAGUAUCUGGUUGUAUUCCAGGUCAAUUUGCGGCACGAGCUUUUGCAGCAUGGCCUAG